AUGGAUCAAUCUGAUGAAUAUGUACCUGAGGAGCAUUCUGUAGGUAGUAAUGAUGAACCUUCUGAUUUAGAAAAUCAGAAUCCUAGAGAGGUAAGAGAACAAAUUAGAAAUGAGACUGACACUGUGGAAGAUGUGGAAAAUAACAAUAAAGAAAAAAAGAAGUGUUUAUGUAAAGGAAGAUGCAUUAUAUUGCAAAAUAAAAAGAACAGGGAAUUUGGUAGGGCUUACCAAAGCAAAAAAAAGGAGGAAGCUAGAAGCGAAAAAGGCGGGGAUAAACUCUUUGAGAAUGAUGUAGUUCUGACAGUCGAUUUGCAAUCAGUAUUACUUGCCCCGAAAGCCAAAGUAACACUAGUGUAUUAUAAGACCAAGCUUGCUGUGCACAAUUAUACUCUUUAUGAUAUAAAGUCAAAUGAUGGCUAUUGA